AUCUCGAUGUCUGUAAUAUACUGUGCGGACUGCGGACAACUUUGAACUGAAAUUAUAAUGUUAUAUUAAAAGUGGUUUGUUAUAAUAUACAUUUUCAUAAAUUAAGACAUAUUACCUAUUGUAAGUUUAUCUUAAUGUUAAUUCGUUUAGUCACUUUAUUUUUCGGUAAAUGGUACCUUCAAUAAUAGUCGUCUAUUCCUAAAUAAUAGUGUUCAAUGUUCAUUCAAAGAAAAACAAUUGUGUAUUUUUUAAAAUUAACGCAAUGAAGAGUAUAAUAUUUUGAACGAAUACCUCCCACAUAACAAUGGGAAUCUACGGUGUGUACAUUGUAUCAAAAUCAGGCGGGCUGAUAUUCAAUUACGAUUACACUGUGCCCAAAAUCGAAACUGAACAGACAUUUAGUUAUCCGCUAGAUCUAAAACUAUCUUGUGAAAACAACAGACUAUUAGUUUCGUUCGGUCAAAGAGACAACAUCAAGGUUGGUCAUGUGUUAUUAGCAAUCAACGGAGUUCCUGUUUCUGGUAGAAAACUGGAAGAUGGCAAAGACGCAAUUGAAAUGUUAGAUGAUGUAACUAAUUAUCCACUUAAUUUGAAAUUUGGUCGUCCAAAAAUGACUAUCAAUGAAAAGAUAUUCUUAGCAAGUAUGUUCUAUCCAUUAUUUGCUAUUGCAUCACAAUUGAGCCCAGAACCCAGGAGUUCUGGAAUUGAAACUUUAGAAGCCGAUACAUUUAAACUCCAAUGUUUUCAAACUCUCACCGGAGUGAAAUUUAUGGUUAUUGCUGAUCCAACACAUGUAGGCCUCGAACAACUUUUAAAGAAAAUUUAUGAGAUAUACGCUGACUUUGCUCUAAAGAAUCCAUUUUAUUCUCUAGAAAUGCCUAUUCGAUGUGAAUUGUUUGAUACUAAUUUACAAGCACUUUUGGAACAAGCGGAUAAAAAUGGUAUUAAUAGUAUUUAGUUUAAUAGAUACUUUAUUUUUAUCUAUACUUAUUUGUAUUUUACAAAAUCCUUUUGUAUUCAAAACUAAAAAUCAUAAGCAAAUAUCAUAUUCAUAAUAGCAUUGUACCAUUUCAAAUUAUUAAAUCUAUUAUUUGAAUUAUAAUUCAAACAUUGUAAUAUUAUUAUAAACCUAAGCCUAAUAUUCAACAUUGUUAAGAAGUUAUAAUUUACAAUAUUAUAAUUAAUGAAUAAAGUUUAUAUGUAAUAUUUUAAAUUAUUAAAAAAAA